AACGCCUGGGAGGCGGUGGCGCUGCCACAUGACUGGGCGAUCAAAGGACCUUUCUAUGUUGGCGAUGAUGUUCCCGUCACCGGCGGUAUGGGACGGCUACCUUCGCAGGGAGUGGGCUGGUAUCGCCGGAAUCUCAGCAUGACGUCUCUGGAUAAGGGCAAAUCGAUCUAUCUUGACCUUGAUGGCGCGCAGUCCUACGCCAUAGUGUGGCUUAAUGGACACCUCGUCGGCGGAUGGCCGUAUGGCUAUGCUCGGUUCCGGUUGGACUUGACGCCUUAUAUGAAGUUCGACGGGGAAGAUCAGCUAGCUAUCCGGCUAGAUAAUCCCCUGGAUUCUUCGAGAUGGUACCCUGGGGGAGGUAUCUAUCGCAACGUCUGGCUUACGAAGGUCGAGAAGGUGCAUGUUGCGCAGUGGGGGACGUAUGUCACUACAGAAGAUGUUUCGGAAGAGUCGGCUAAGGUCAAUCUGGCGUUGCAAGUUGAGAACAAGGGGAACAGCAGUCAGCAGGUGCAAGUUGUCACCGAGGUGUAUGUGGUGGAUUCUCAUACUGGAGAGGCUGGAGAAAAAGUUGCUGAGUUUCCUCAGGCGACAUUGAACCUCGCAGGAGCUGGGAAGCAGCAGAUCAAUCAGUCCAUCACGAUCCAAAAUCCGGCACUAUGGGGUCCCUUACCAUCACAGACACCGAACAUGUAUGUGGCCAUCACGCGCAUCUCCAGUCGCAACGGCACAAUGGACACCUACGAAACUCCUUUCGGCAUCCGCUCGCUCACCUACAGUGGGGACGAUGGCCUGUUAGUCAACGGAGAGCAUAUCCGCAUCCAAGGCGUAAACCAGCACCACGACCUCGGCGCAAUCGGCGCAGCUUUCAACGUCCGCGCCGCUACUCGCCAGCUCGAAAUCCUCCGCGAAAUGGGCGUGAAUGCGAUCCGCACCUCGCACAAUCCGCCCGCACCCGAACUCCUUGAUCUUACAGACCGCAUGGGCUUCCUUGUCUUCGACGAGAUCUUCGACACGUGGCAGCACAACAAAACAGCCAACGACUUCCACCUCAUCUUCGACGACUGGCACGAGCCCGAUCUGCGCGCCUUCAUUAGAGCGGAUAGAAAUCAUCCCUCAAUUUUCGUCUGGAGCGUCGGCAACGAAGUCGCCGAGCAGCAAACCAACGAGACCGGCGCCGCAGUCGCAGAAAUGCUGCGUGACAUCGUGCACGAGGAAGAUCCAACGCGCCCGGUCACCGCCUCCAUGAACUCCGCGAAACCCUACCAGCCCUUCCCGCGCGUCUUCGACGUACUAAGUCUCAACUACCAAGGCGAGGGGAUAAGAGAUACGCCAGCGUACUCGCAGCUCAGGGGGAUUGCCACGCCGCCCCAGUACCCAGCCUUCCACUCCGCCUUCCCGGGCAAAAUGCUCAUGACCAGCGAAUCAGCAGCCGCCCUUUCCACACGCGGUACUUACAUCUUCCCCGUUGCCAACCUAACCAGCGCCCCCGUGAACGACACAUCAGGCGGGAAUAGCACCUCGCUGCAAGUCAGCGACUACUCGCUCUACAGCGCCGACUUCGGCGCCUCGCCCGACAAAGUCUUCUCGAGCCAGGACCGCAAUCCCUUCGUCGCGGGUGAAUUCGUAUGGAGCGGUUUCGACUACCUAGGCGAACCGACGCCGUACUACGACGCGCGGAGUUCGUACUUCGGACCCAUCGACCUAGCGGGCUUCCCAAAGGAUAGGUUCUACUUGUACCAGGCGAGGUGGAGGAGCGACUUGAAGAUGGCGCAUAUAUUGCCGCAUUGGACGUGGCCGGAUAGAGUGGGCAAGGUGACGCCCGUGCAUGUCUUUUCUUCGGGGGAUGAGGCGGAGUUAUUUGUGAAUGGCGAGUCUCAGGGGCGCAAGACGAAAGGCGAGUAUGAGUAUAGGUUCCGGUGGGAUGAAGUCGUGUAUGCGCCCGGCGAACUUCACGUCGUCACCUACAAGAACGGGACGGAGUGGGCAGACGCUACGGUGAAAACAGCUGGGCCGGCCGCUUCGCUUCGUCUCGCCGCGGACCGGACUAGCAUCACAGCGGAUGGCGACGAUCUCUCCUUCAUCACGGCCGUGGUGCUGGAUGCGGAGGGGAAUGUGGUCCCGAUGGCGGACAACGAGAUCACGUUUGACGUGUCUGGUGCGGGAGAGCUUGUGGCGACUGAUAACGGGGAUCCGGCGGACUUCACCGCGUUCCCGUCGCCGCAGAGGAAAGCGUUCAGUGGACUGGCGCUGGCUAUUGUGCGAGGGAAAGCCGGGGCUGCGGGAUCGAUGACGGUUACUGCAAGUGCGGAGGGGCUGGAAGCUGGGACGGUCGCUGUGAUGGCAGACUAGAGAACUUAGGUAUAGGCAC